CGUAAGUUGAAGGUUUUUGCACUGCUGUUGGAAGAGAAGAAAAAACACUUCCCACUUGAAAUGCUUUGUCAUGUUUUCAUUUUCCUGCAUGUGACAACAGCCAUUAGUCAGCAGAGCGCACACGUUUGGUCCAUUUUUUUUGUCCACGCAGGACGUGUGUGCAGAUUGAGCGGACGCAGCUGUCGCCUCUUCCAGGACAGUCUCCUCUCAGUCUCCUCUGUCUGUCUGUCAAUAUGGGGAUCAAUAAAACCUACCUUAGUAUCGGCUAUGCUUCCUGUGGCAUUCUCUUCGGAUUGUCCGCCUUCCUGGUGUGGAACAUCGUGUACAAACAGCCGUGGACUGGAGCCAUGGGAGGUCUUUCAGCUGUGCUGGCACUCUGGGCCCUGAUCACUCAUGUCAUGUACCUGCAGGACUACUGGCGGUCCUGGCUGAAGGGCCUCAAGGUUUUCUUCUUCACUGGAGUUUUCUUCUCUCUGUUGGCUGUCCUAGCUUUUAUCACUUUCUUGUCCAUCGCCAUCAGCAGAAAGGAGUCGCUGACUGACCCUCACAGCCUCUACCUUUCCUGUGUCUGGAGCUUCAUGAGCCUGAAGUGGUCCUUUCUCCUCGCCUUGGCCGCUCAUCGCUACCGCAAAGAGUUUGCAGACAUUAGCAUCCUCAGUGACUUCUGAGCAACUUCCCGUCAAAGUCCCAUAGUUACUGCUCAGAAAGUUUCAAGCAAGCUGUCUGUGCUGGCUGAGCUGAGGAGAUGUAGGUAAAGUCAUGGUUCUUGAUGCUUUGUCUUGAGGAUGCGUGCUCUUACCCGGGUUGUACCCAUGUCUCCUCAGCCACUUCCUCGCCUUCCUCAGAUGUUUUUCUCCUGCACUUUUUCCACAGGACAAACUGAAAAAGAGUCAUUUGUAACCUUACAUAUGAUUUGGGAAUUGUGUCUGUCUUGUGACGACUACCAGUUGCAGUUUUUUGCUGCAGCCACUAGAUGGCACCAGUCGUCCAGCAACAAGUGCACCGCAUUCCGUCCCAUUUUUGUGACGUGUUUUUAUUUUAUCAGUACAAAUUUCACUUACAGUGAUCAGAUGAAGAAGCCUGCAAAUCACGUAUCAGUCCUACGAUGAAUAGAAUGCUUUAAAGUGGAUUCACAUCCCAGCACUGCUGUGUCGGUGUAUCCAGGACUUACACUCAGCAGGUGUCGUCCAAAUCCUGCAACAUCUUCAAAAGAAAAGCACCACAUGUCCCAAUUCAGGGUGUAUUUGAAGUAUGAGCUGGCGUUUUUAAUGUGAUGAAAAAAGUUUAUUUUUUAAUCUGUUUGAGAAAAAAAAAAGAUUUCUUUGGCUUUAUUAACUCAACAGUGAUUCCAACAAUAUGCAUGCUCAAAUAUUUACAAUAUUUGAUGUUUUUUGUCCUUAUCAGUCCCAUUUAUUAAUUGGUACAUUCUUAUUUAAUGAGAUUAUUUUAGAGUUUUUCUUCUAAUCAUCCAUUUCUGUAAUUUUUGUACCAUGUCAUGGUGUGUUCACAUGCAUCACUUGAGUGAACGUAGCAGUGUGUGUUUGUACAAGAGUGUGUCUGGGAGUGAAAUUGAUGAAAUACAUUUAAUUUUACAUUUAUCAGGUAUUAUUGUGCAAUAAAAAAAACUCACUGUGCAAUAACUUCCUCCUUUUAAAUGUUACAGU